AUAGACAUAGGGUAAGCAAGAGUAUAUAAGACGCCUGGUGGAUCCCCAUCUCUCACCUCUGGCUCUCUCUCUCUCUCCAAGUCUCUCUUCCCGCCAGCUUUCCCUUCACGCAGCUGUCAAGAUGGCCAUGAAAAACCUUUUGAAAGAAGAUGAUAUCAAGAAAGCCCUUGAUCAAUUCAAAGCUGCGGACAGCUUCGACCACAAGAAGUUCUUUGACGUGGUGGGACUGAAGGCUCUGUCUGCUGAAAACGUGAAGUUGGUCUUCCAAGCUCUAGACGUGGACGCCAGCGGCUUCAUCGAGGAGGAGGAGCUAAAGUUUGUGCUGAAGGGCUUUUCUGCAGAUGGCAGAGAUCUCACUGAUAUGGAGACCAAAGCAUUCCUCGCUGCUGCCGACAAGGAUGGAGAUGGGAAAAUUGGCAUAGAUGAAUUUGAAGCUUUGGUGCACGAGUAAAUCAUCAAUAUUUGGCAACCCUUUACACCACUACUCUCCUGUGAAUACCUACAGCCAAUCAUAGUGUACAUCUCUACACAUCCUGCCACGUGCCAGGAGCAGAACCGCCUCCUUUAACCCCAUUUAUUUAUUUACCUUUUCUUUUUUACAAACUCUGUA